AUGAUGUGCAAUGGCGACUUCCUACAGAAAGAUCCCGAAGAAGCUUUGGAAUAUCUUGAAGAAAUUUCUGAAAAAUCAUACACAUGGAGUGCGCCAAGUCCUACAGACAAGCCACAAACAGCCGGAGUCUACCAAUUGAAGGAGGAGGACAGUGUGAAAGCGCAACUUGAAGCUUUGAAAAAACAAUUUGAGGCUUUCAAAACUCAAGAAGGUAAAGCACUCCAGAUGGCUGCAAAAGUGGAAAAGCAAGAACCAUGCUUCAUUUGUGGAGGGACUGAUCAUCAACCACAAGAGUGCCCUAGUCUUAGUAUGUUGAGGGGAGAAGAUGAGGAACAGUGUAAUGCCUUAGGGGAUUACAAGAAGCCUUAUAAUGCCUACUCCAACACAUACAAUCCUGGUUGGCGUAACCAUCCCAAUUUCAGUUGGAAGGAUACAAGUCAAAAUCAAGCAUCUGGGAGCCAAUGGAGGCCUAAUCAACAAAAGAAUUCUCUUGAGAGUUCCAUGAAAAUUCUCGCAGAAUCCCAACUAGAGUUCAGGACUUAUUUCACUCAGGUGAUAGAGGAAUUGAAGGACAUAAAGAUUCAAAUAACAAAGUUAAAUGAUUCUUCAGUCAUUCAAGAGCGUGGUAAGCUUCCCGCUCAGCCUCUAAUCACUCCCAAAGGGCAACAUAUGGCACAAACCUCCGCUCCUUCAGAGUCUAAUCUCAAAGGGGUUAAUGCUAUUACUACCCGAAGUGGUGAAAGUACGGUAUCACCAUUACCCAAGACCACUAGUGUACCAAUGCCCGCUCCAGAUGCUGAUGUGCCACAGAACCUUCCAGUAAAGGUGCCCUUUCCUCAGGCUUUGAAAUCCACUGGAAAGGUACUGGAAAGUCAUAGUGAGAUCCUUGACGUUUUGACCCAAGAACAAGCUAGUGCGGUGAUCGACUGCAAGACACCGCUUAAAUACAAAGAUCCUGGUUGUCCCACCAUUUCAUGUCAAAUAGGGGAACAGGAAUUUGGCCAAGCCCUCCUGGACUUAGGUGCAAGUGUAAAUCUCAUGCCUUAUUCCAUAUACUUGCAACUAGGCCUAGGAGAACUUAAGCCCACAUCUGUGGUGCUACAAUUGGCCGAUCGAUCAGUUAAGAAACCUCGGAGAAUAGUUGAAGAUGUCUUGAUUCAAAUUGAUAAAUUCUAUUACCCUGUGGAUUUUCUCAUCUUGGACACUCAAUCUGAAGUCAACUUAGAGUCCGAAAUUCCCAUCAUUCUCGGACGACCAUUCCUCGCAAUGUUAGAAAUGCACUCAUCAAUUGUAGGAAUGGUCUCAUGA